AGCUUCUGCCUCUGUUUUUUGGCCAACCCUUGUUCUGCCCUUUUUGGCCAACCCUUGUUCGAGCUGCUUAGCCCUCUGUUCAGUCCUCUACGCCGCGUGUUCGAGCCUCUGUUCAGCCUCUGUUCUGCCGCCUUUCAGCCACCGUUCCGCCAUUGUUCAGCCUCCAUUCAGCCAUCUCUAUCGCGAUUUAAAGCUCCUCCCUCUCCCUGUACUGUUUGAAUUUCAGAACUGCUCCAUCCUAGGCUUUUGAUACAUGGAAACCAAGUCAUUUGAGGAACCUUCUUCCACCGACGAUGAGGUCUACUUGCAAAAUGCAAGUGAUGAAGAUGAUAAUGAGAGUGCCUUUUCCUCCAGUUCCACCACCAAGUUACAAUACGUGAAAUCCAAAGCUGUUUGGAAUGAUGAGAUGGGAAUGGCUGAAGUCAUUGAAAAUCGUGGCAAAACAUGGGUCACAACUGGGAUAGUUCGAAGUGGCAAGGUUUAUUCUUCCAUUGAGGAGUCUUUGUAUUUGAUGGAGAUAGGAGCCUUAGAUCUCUUAGAUGAUUGUGAAAGAAGCAUGUCCCUAAUGGAUAUGUAUGAAAAGAUUGCUGGAGGUAAGAGUGAGUGUUGCUGGGAGAUGUUUGAGGUUUACAGGCACCUCAAGUCACUUGGCUACAUAGUUGGGCGGCACGGCGUUGCUUGGAGUUUGAAGGGAAUUAAAAGUUCCCAUAAGGCUGUUGAUGUUGCCGAAGAAACCGAACAAGGAGUAGACUUGAUGAGCUCCAAAUCCGAGCUUUCCAUCAAUAAGUUAUUAAGUGAGAUGCAGAUUAAUGGUUUAAGGCCAGAUUUCGAUGUUUAUCUUCCAAACAGUAGGUUUAGGAAGUCUUCCCCGGGUGAUCCUAGUUUUCUGCUAUACUUAUCUCGGGGUGAUCCACCAUCUAAAGCAGAAACAGAAGCUCUUGAAAAACAAUGUGGUGGCCUUCCUUUGAAGAUUGGCUUAGUCACGGAGGGACGGGUCAGUUUCUUUUCCUUUGAGAAGGUGGAACUUCCUCUUCUACCCUGAAAAAGUUGAGAAACAAGGAUUGCUACAAGAGAAUCACACUUUUUGCUUGUAGCUAUUUAUUAAAGUUUCUAACAUGUAUCAAGUGGUACACUAAUAUUGUAAAUAUGUAGUUGUAGGUUAUGUUUAUUGGAGUGAUUGUGUUUGGCCUUUUUUGUACCAGAUGUUUGAAUAGUUUUAGAUCCCUAUUCUUGUCCAAAAAGAAAAAGGUCCUUGUUAAAUAAUGAAAAAUAUUGCAAAAUGUGGAGCAUUUUUUAAUCAAUGAAAAAUAUUGCUAUUGAAAUUAAAAA